AUCUUGUGAAUUUUUAAAAACCAAAGGCAAGAAAAUUGAGUGAAUGUGUUCUGCAAUUUGUUAGACUGUUUAUCCGGGGAAUUCUGGCCACAAAAACUGUGUAAUUUGAUAAGAAAAUACUUAUUAAACCAAGGAGAAUAGAUUUAGGAUGGCGCAUCGGAGAAAGAAAAUCCCUCCUAACGUUACUGAAUGCUUCCAAAUAGCCAUUGAGGUGGAGCUCAAUCGCUUCCUGAUGAGUGACGAGGAAGAAUUAUCCUUCCCUAGUACGCUAACCCGCGAGAAUCGAGCUUUUAUUCAUGAGUUUGUUAAAACCAAAGGUUUAACCUCAAAGUCCAGAGGGAAGGCUGUGAGGGUGCUUACGGUAUACAAACCCAAAAAGAAUAUUGCCAGGAAGCAAAAGUGCUCCUUUAAGUUUACAGAGACCACAAGGCAGGCAUGCUAUAAGCUGUUGGAAGCCUUGCCGGUCUCCGAGAGGGAAAUUGAAGAAGUAAAAAGCAGAAAGAAAGCCAAUUCCAUCAAUCGGAGUCAAUUCAAUGUGAGCACCCUGACGAAUGGGUACAUGGUUGUGCCCCCGCAGGCUCAAGGGAAUCACGUGAGGCAGCUGAGGAGACAGUUGCCCAUCUUUCAGAUGCGCUCGCAGAUACUGAACACUGUGUCAUCUCAUCAAGUUAUUGUGAUUGUCAGUGAGACUGGAUCAGGAAAGACAACACAAGUGCCUCAGUAUCUCCUCGAAGAGGCCACGACACGAAAUGAAGCCUGCCGUAUCGUCUGCACUCAACCGCGACGCUUGGCAGCUCUGUCCGUUGCCGAUCGUGUGGCUUUUGAGCGUGGUGAACAAGUUGGGGACACAAUAGGCUACCAGAUUCGCUUGGAGAGCAAGACCAGUCCCAGUUCGAAUCUCAUCUAUUGUACAAAUGGUAUUCUGGUGAGGUGUCUAAUGGGUGGACACUACCAGAAAGUUUUUGCUAAAAUCACCCAUGUCAUUGUGGAUGAAGUCCACGAGCGUGAUAAACACUCUGACUUCCUCUUGAUCUCACUCAAGGAGGCACUGGCUGUGAAUCCUCACCUCAAGGUUAUCCUCAUGUCUGCCACAAUUGACUCACAAUUAUUUUCCCAAUACUUCAACAACUGCCCGGUAAUCAACAUCCCAGGAAGGAUCUAUGAGGUCACCAAUUACUACCUGGAGCAUGUACUUCACAUGACUGACUACUGUAAACCCCAAAUGGACAGGAGGAUUCAAUACGGAGCUGUUUCUGGAGCAGUUGGAGGUGAAAGUCCAGUUGCUUCAAAGCCCAUUCAGGAAGCUCUGGACGAGGAGACCAUUAAACUAAUCAAUGAGACUCUAGAAAUGUGCUGGAAUAACUGUGAUGAGGAGAAUUUCCAGCAGUUUCUGUAUUUAGUGGCCGGAGAGAAUGUUCCGGUGGAUUUUAAGCAUACAGAAACUGAUAUGACAGCUUUGAUGAUUGCAGCUGGUCGUGGAAUGGAAGAAUUUGUAGAGAUUCUGUUGCAAAUGGGAGCUAAUCCCAGUAUAACGUCUUUGCAUGGUAUGAAGGCCAUUGAUUGGGCCAGAAGAUUGGGUCAUGGAGGUUGUGCAACUUUGUUGGAGAUGGCAGUUCAAAAUCAAGAUGCCAAUCCAACGGAAAAGAUUAGUGAUGAGUAUACAAAUAUGCUGUUGGAAGUCUAUCAGUCAACAAAGUCUGUAUAUGAGGAGGAAAUUGAUCACAGACUCCUUCUCACAUUGAUUCAGAUGAUCCACAUGCAGAAACCUGCAGGGAGUAUUUUGAUUUUUCUACCAGGCUAUGAGGCUAUUUUGAAGCAAAAUGAAAUGAUUUUGGAUUCUAUCAAUCGUUGCGAAAUGCAAUCAAAUAUUAGAACCUACAUGUUGCACAGCAAUAUGAAGAUCAGCGAUCAAAAGGCUGUCUUUGAGAGAAUUCCCCAGGGUUGUAGGAAAAUCAUUUUGUCUACCAAUAUCGCUGAGACUUCUAUCACAAUUGAUGAUGUUGUGUAUGUGAUUGAUUGUGGGAAGGUCAAGCAAACGAUCUUUGAUCCUCUCUGUGGUACAACGGGCCUUGAAACUUGUUGGGUGUCACAGGCUUGUGCCAAGCAGAGAGCCGGAAGAGCUGGAAGAGUCACUGAAGGUAUCUGUUUCAAACUCUAUUCGCAUGCAAGAUAUGCCAUCAUGGACGAAUUCACAAUUCCUGAACUCCUGAGGGUGCCACUAACUGAAAUUUGCCUGAGUGCCAAGCUAAUUGAACCCCAAAAGCCAAUUGCAGAGUAUUUGGAGAAGGCAUUGCAGCCACCGGCUGCUGUAAGUGUUCGAAGAAGUGUGGCACUUUUGAAGACAAUGGGAGCCCUCGAUGAGCAGGAAACCAUCACGGAUUUGGGUAUUCAUCUGGCUGAUUUGCCCAUCGAUGCUCAUUUAGGAAAAAUGGUAAUCUACAGUAUUUUGAUGAAAUGCGUGGAUCCCAUUCUCACAAUUGUAAGUGCUCUCUCUGUCAGGGACCCAUUUAUCUUGCCAAGUGGAGCUCGAGAUCGUGCUCGAGUCCUUGAUGUUAAAGAGAAAUUUGCUGAGAAAUCAUUCAGUGAUCAUAUGAUACUGAUCAGGGUCUUCCAAAAGUGGUUAGACACUUCGGCCAGGCGUAAAAGGGCCUUUUGUGAGGAGAAUUUCCUCAGCAAUGGAGCCAUGCAGACAAUUUGUGGAGUGAGAUCGCAGAUUUUGGGACAUUUGCGUGCAAAUGGAUUGAUAAAGUCCAAGGGGAAGGGGAAUAUCCAUGAUCUCAAUCAGUAUUCAAGGCAUUGGGCUGUGGUGAAGGCUUGCCUAGUGGCUGGUCUGUAUCCCAAUGUAUCAGUGAGGGAUAUCAAUAAUCGAUCUUGUAAAUUGAGAUGUGAAAAUAAUGAGAAAGUACUGCCACAUCCACAUAGCAUUCUGGGUGCUAAGAGGCCACCAGAGUCCAAAGUCAAAAUCAAGACUUUCCCAUCGGAUUGGGUGGCUUUUGAGGAAAAGGUUCGGGUUGGAUCAUCAGCAUUAAUUCGCUGUAAUACCGUUGUGACUCCAGUGACUGUGGCACUCUUUGCGGGUGCCAUUCACAUCAGUGAGGAGCAAAAUCUCAUUCCCGUGGAACCUCUGGAAUCCGACUCUGAAUUGGAGAAUGAGGAGGAUUUGAAUGGCAAUGAGGUGAUUUUUCAUGUUGAUGAUAACAUUGAUUUCACCCUGUCAGACGAAGCGGCUUAUUUGUUGUUUCACGUGAGGCACAAACUGAAUUAUUUGCUGCUGAUGCUUAUCCAGAAACCUGAUUCUUUUCACCUGACCACCAAUGGACCCGAUGGCCAAAUCAUUGCGUCCAUUGUGGAAAUUCUACUGGCAGAGGAGACAGAGUACAAAUUUCCGAUACCUGAGGGCAUUGGGGAGAGACCCCAAGCGGUUCCCCUGGACUUUUCGGCUGAUGUCAAUUAUGGAAUUCAAGAGGAACCUAGAUCUUCCAAACCCAUACAGUGGUCUUUGAGUGAUGCCCUUAAAGAUCUCCAAGUGACUAAUUACAAAAAUGACGGGCUGAGGAGGAAUAAGAGAGGCAAUAAGAAGUUUGUAAAUCCAAGGGAUCCAGUAGAUCUGCCAAAUGAGAGAGAACAUAAUGGUCCAACCAAGUUCUUUUUGAUAAAAGCAGUUUCAACGGAGCAAGUCAGGCAUAUUCUCGAUGGGAAGGAAUGGUGCUUCUCAAGCAAUGUCUUUCAGAUAUUCAAAAGAUGCCUUAAGCGAUCCGAUGUGGAUGUAAUCGUGGUAUUUCAUGUUGGAGCUGCCCAAAAGUUCUACUGCAUGGGUCAAGUGUAUCAGAAACAUGGACAAAUUGGAGUACGAAGGAUUCGUGAUGGAUGCUGCAACUUCAAGACUGUUAGAGAAAUGGUGAAGCGUCAAAAAGUGGGUCCUUUCUUGUGGAACGACGGUGAAGAGCUGUCCAGAGAAAUUGGUGAAAUGUUUCUUGACUUACUCAGCCAGAAUUCACCACAGGAGAAGACAUAAUUCAAACAAAAAUGCUGCCAAGGACAAUUAGAGAAAUGGUUGAUUUCGAAAUAGUUCCUAAUUCCCUUAGGUUUUCAACUCAAACAGUUUUUUUUUAAGUCUCCACCUUAUUUUUAAACAUUUUUUUUAGUAUGAAUUAGCGUCUUAUGUAUUUUAAAAAAUGAAUUCCCCUUUUAACUCAAUUUGAAGUGUGAUGUUCAAAAUUUCAAUUUUAAUUUAAAAAAAAAAAAACAUGAAUUUUGUUUUUGCAUGCAAGAAAAGAGCCUAAAACAAAUUGUCAAGGAAUUUCAAGUAAACUUGCAAUAAAUUGAAGUUGAUCUGGUAGAAA